UGAAACCGAGCGAGACCGAACGUAGUCGAUGGAGGUCGGAAACGCACGAACCUCGCGGCUCGAGCGACCGAACCAGCGACACGGCCAAGCAGUGCGGUGCCGACUCUUGCUGCCGCGGUUUCAACAUCCGUGGUGUGCGUGGACGAGUGUUUACGCGACAGUAGACUUCUCGUCGAAACGAAUACGGAGCAAGGCGUAUACAGCGAAGGAUAGAGAAAGGAGACAGAAACGGGAUAGAGUCGGACACCGAAGACAAAGGAGAGAAGAGAGACGAAGAGAAGGCGCGUUUGCGGUGGAGUGUCGUAUCGUGGAGCAGCGUACCGAGGUUUAGGAGCGGUAUACGUCGUUGCGUUAUCGAGAGCGAAAUAACGCGACGAGUCGUCCGGUUGGCGAGACGACCGAACGAACCAUCGACGCUCGUCCAGUGAAACGGAGAAAGAAGCAAGAGAGGGAGAAAAAGAGCGAGCGAGCGAGCGAGAGAGAAAGGCGGAAGACAGGAAAAAAAGAGAAAACAUUGUGCCGUCUUUAUCGUCCGGGGCGUGGGUGCAGCGAACGCGAAUCCCUCGGACGAGACCGCUUUGCCGCGAGCGAACGAGCAAGAGAAGCGAGAGCGAGGAAACGGACGAGGAGUGAAAGAGAUGGUGGAGGACGGAACGGAUCCGUCGCGAGAAUCGAGUCGAGUAGCCUUUUCUUUGGUCGGCGCGUCUUGAGGAGGCCGAGCAACGCAAACCGUGCAGUGGCAUUGCAAGCGAAGAAACGAGAGUCGAAGACGACGAGACCGAACGAAAAACGAGAGGAGACGCGAGAGGGACGAUCGAGAACCGGCAACGCGGAACAGGAGAAACUCGAAGAGAAGAAAGUUUUCGGCCGAGAGGGAUAUUCGGCUGGUUGAACCAUCGCAGUUGUGGUGGUCACGUGUAGCAGCGUGCGGGUGAAAACCGCGAGAGAGCAGCGUUUCUCGAAAAGGUCUGCAGCCGAAAGUAUCGACACAGCUGGACACCGUGGGUCCGGCUAACAACAGCGGUUGGUUUUUGCCUCUCUCUUUCUCGUCCUCGCGACACCUCGGCUUUGGAUACAUCGAGCCGACAUCAACAGCUGCCCGACGGAGGAUCGAGGCGCUCCCGAGACCGACCGUCGGAUAUCCUGGAGGACGAUGACGAUGGUGGUAAGGAGGAUCACGAGCGGUAACCGGAGGACGAGCAGCACGAGAGGACUCGAUUGAAUCUCGAUCGAAUCCGCUCGAAUACGCGGCAAUCGCCGCCGCCAUCGCCACCGCCGGAUCCGUCGUCGUCCGUCUCGCCUCUUUGCCGGCGACCGUCGUCGGCGACCGACCGGGCUCGCCGUCGGUCCCGUCGUCGCGACGGUACGACAGUUUACGUUCAACGCAGGGUGACACACAGUGCCGUAGUAGAAGCGUGCUGCUCUCAAAGACUGGCAAAACCGUCGGCAACCACUAUCGGUGAUACCGUGCAAGUGGUAUCGGAUCUCGCAAGGACGUGACUCGUUCGCGGACGGACAAAUACGCGGUUAUUCGCUCGGAAACGCGGCCGAUAACCAGCCAGGAUGCAGGUGGCAACGCUAUUUAGGGAGAGCGCCACCCUGUUGGGUGCCUCUAGCCUGGAUCCCCCGCAGACACAUCAUCACCAGGCUAUGCACCCGCAACAACAACAGCAGCAACAGCAGCAGCAGCAACUUCAACAACAUCCUGCCGACCUGCAUUUGGCUCAUCACAUGCAGCACCAUUACAAACUAUCGUAUCCGUCGCCUGUGCAAAAUGGUGGACCGAACGGCACCCCGAUGAAUUGCGCUGGUUCUCAAGGGGUGAUGGUAAAGCAGGAAGCGAGGGAUGACGGUUACGAGACAAGUCCGGACCUCGAGAUGAGGAGCACCGGUGGUGACAGCAGUCAGCAGUACCACACGCCACUGACACCGCACACACCGCACACACCACACACGCCGCACACACCCCUCACGCCGAUAUCGGCGACAGCGCAUCAACCCCAGCAACCUGGCUCGACCGCUUCCACCCUCGGACAGGUGGCGAUCAAGUGCGAGACUCCGGUGGAUCCGUACUCGUUCGUCGACGAGGAAAUGUCGAUGGGCGGCAUCAGGACGGCGAGCAGUCCGGUUGGCAAUCCGGAAAACAUGACGUGUCCAGCUGGAGGCCAAGGAGUCCUCUCUACACCUACGUCGACGCCGCCUGGAUCGCUAUCCGGACCGCAACAUCUUCAGAUGAACCUCGGCGUAAUGAACGGCACCGUGAAUCCCCAGUUGGCGGCGCAACAGCCGAAGAAACGCGGCCGCAAGAGAAAAUCCGAGAUGAUUCUCACCCCCGAAGAGGCGGAGUUAGCCGAGGCGAAGAAACGAGCAAAGACGUACAAGGAGAGAAAGAAGCACGACAGAUUCGACGGUAUGCCGGAAGAGGAAGUGAGCAAACGCGUUCUUCCCGAUCAUCUUACCAACAACCUGGACAUUAUUAUAAUUGGAAUCAACCCGGGACUGUUCGCCGCUUACAAGGGCCACCACUACGCCGGACCGGGAAACCAUUUCUGGAAGUGUUUACACUUAAGUGGUCUGACACCCGAACCACUGACAGCAGAUGACGACUACAAGCUCCUACGCUUCGGUAUCGGUUUCACGAAUAUGGUAGCUCGUGCCACUAAAGGCAGCGCUGAUCUAACGAGGAAGGAAAUCAAAGAAGGCAGUCACAUUUUGUUGGAGAAAUUACGAAAGUAUAAACCGAAGAUUGCCGUGUUUAACGGUAAACUGAUAUACGAGGUAUUUUCCGGGAAGAAGGAAUUUGGAUUCGGUAGACAACCCAACCUGGUGGACGGCACAAAUACGUACAUGUGGGUGAUGCCAUCGAGUAGCGCCAGGUGCGCGCAACUUCCACGGGCGGCGGACAAGGUGCCAUAUUAUGCGGCGCUCAAGAAAUUUCGCGAUUACUUGAACGGCACGAUCUCUCAUCUGGACGAGUCCGACAUAGUGUUCGCGGACUCGAAGCUGAAGAAGAAGGAACAGGAGGCGAUCGAGGACAAGAAACCGGCGUAUUGCGAGGAGCUUACGAACGAAGGAGAGAGCAGGAUCACCGACAUGAAUGGAACUAUCAUCAAACAAGAUUCAAAUUGCCAAAUACCUGGCAAGAAGAAAAGAGGCAGGCCAAAGAAGAUCAAGAAUCCGGAAGAUCAACCACCGCCCGAUCCCGAGAAAUUAGACGCGAACGGGGAAGUGAUAAAGAAGCGACGGGGGCGGCCGAAAAAGAUUCAUCAACAACAAAAGCAACAGGAGCGAGAGAUCAGAGAACGAGAACAACAGCAGCAACAACAACAGCAACAUCAGGGUAUGGGUCAUCUAGGAGACGGUUACGGUACCGUGGUACCCAAUUGUUUCUCUCCGCCGAAGACGUUCGCGCAUAUGGCUCCGUACCCUCAACCGAUGAACGAUUCUGGAUACUACGGCCAAGGCAUCAACGACAGUCCGUACAGUAUAAAUGCGAAACAGAGCCCGGUACAUUUACAGCACUACAGCCAAAGCCCGAAAUCCAUGUCGCUCUCGUUUACUCAUUCCGAUCUAUCCUCGGAGAUCAACACCGCGAUCUCUUCGGAGAACAACUUGGAGCCUUCGCCAUUGACAUCCCCGAGCGUCGAACACCCAGACUUCGAACCACCUACCAGUAUCUCUCAACAAAAUAUGAACAACGAUCAUCGUCAGUACAAUCCGGCCGGAAAUGGCGACAAUACGGGCCAUCACGGUAGUCCAGGAACGCCGUCUCAUCCGAGUUACACCAGCUACAUGGGUUACCACGAGCAAACAUCCGACCCCCACAAUCCCCAUCCUCAUCAGACCACGCCGACACCGUUGAGUCAAACUACCGACGAACAUUCGCAUCACUCGCAUCCCACUCCUCCGCAUACGCAUCCCCAUACGCCGACACACGCCUCGAUGUCGCCUCAUCAUCCGCACGAACAGUACGCCAUGAAAAGGAACACCGGACAGGACGUGGCCUCGAAAAGUCUCAGCGACCUGGAAUCUCUAGUCGAUCAGAUACCGAGCAUAGCCGAUGGGGGUAGCCAACGUUUGCAACACACGCAUCCGGGAAUGACCGACGAUGGAUCUUUGGCGGAAAAAAUGGAAGCGCAUCAUCAGUCUUAUUUGUCGGGAUUCUCCGGUAUGCCUAAUGCUGGCAUGUCCAAUUACAGCCCUCCCUUGGCGCCUACCGGUGCGAUCUAUCCAUCUUCGUUGCACCAUUCUCCCAACGACGGUUACGGUUCUCUUUACGGCAUGAAUGGACGUCAACAUCAAGAUUCGCAGCAACAACAACAACAGCAACAGCAGCAGCAGCAGCAACAACAGCAGCAGCAGCAGCAGCAGCAGCAACAACAGCAUCAACAGCAGCAGCAACAGCAACAACAUAGUAAAUCUUAUACCGUCGAAAAUCUAGCGUCUAGCAAUUACACGCCGAGCAUGAGCCACGGACAUCCUGGUAACUCGUAUCCGAAUAUAAUUCCCGGACCUCAUUAUCCCGUGCCGAUGGGAUCGACGAACGGGUAUCUUUUUGGUGGCCUUGAGUCAAGCUUGAUGCAACGCACCUACGGGAUGAGCGGUAUGAGCGGUAUGGGAGGAAUGCACCCAUCCCUCGGUCACAUGGCCAAUCCUUAUUCCUACAAUGGUUCGUAUUCUAGUUCCUUCGACGCCUAUCCGGCGCCGCCAGCAGGGAUUCACGCGCCCAGCGCCAAUUAUCCCGGCGGUUACGCGAGCGUUGGUAGCGCGACGCCAGGUACUUCUACGCCACCGUCUUACCUUCCUUCCCAUCACAGACCGUCGGUCGACCUCGCUUACGACGGUGUAUGAUAAUCGAUGUAAAGCUAUUAUUCGACGUACAUACGCGCACGCUCACACACACGCUCGCAUUCGCCCUCGCGCGCAUGCGCGCGCGCGUUUACACAAACACGUAUACAAAUACACGCACAGACAGACAUACAGACGGAUAGACAUACAAACGGACAACGGACAAACAGACAGACGAACGGACAGACAACUGGCAAACAAGCAGACGAUUCGAGCGCUACGUUUAUCUUUUCUACGUAUUUUUACACGUUUAGGAUCCGCCGGAACGAUCGUCUCUUUCUGGCGCGACUUGCUACUGCGAUUUGCGCGCCCGUUUUUCUUCCUCUUUCUCCUUUCAUCGAUCUCUCCGAGCUUCUUUACGCUUUCCUCGAACCUCCUGUACCUUUCAUCGCGUGUUUUCGUAUUCACUCGGAACUCUUCCCUCUCCCGAUUUUUCCCCCUUCUUUUCUUUUUCAUCCGGCUAGAUCAACGAUUAUGCCGCGAGUAGCAACGGGCGCACGGUUCGAAACCGCGACGGCAACCGCUAUGAGAAGGAAAAAGAAAGGGAAAAAGCCGGUUCUCGCACGCGCUACGCAAUCAGGCUGUCGAAUUAUGUAAAUGCGUUAAUAGGGUUUCGAAAGUGGCGUGCUCGUCCAGAUGCUAUUUGUCUCUUUUUCGCAGUGAUCGCGCAUCGAUCGUCGAUAAUGGGAAAAGUCGAACGUUGAAGUUUCGCUUCUUUCCAUCGUUUUCUAACGUUAUACUGUUACGCUUUCGUUAUUGUUGAAGAAUAUUCCGCUGUUUCGCUUCACUGGCAAACAUGUGCGAUCUGUUGCUGUUUCAACGAAUCGGUAUACAUUUUUCUCCGAACGUCGCUCGUUAAAACAUGCAAAAGUUUUACGUAUUUACGCGUGUAUUCGUCCUUAUUUUAUCCUCUUUUUCCGUUCCUUUCGUUGUAUGAGAGAAGGUAUGCAGUUUGUACGCGUCGAAUCGUUUAUGUCACGUUAUUAACUGUAACCGUUAUGUCCACAAGUGAGACUGCUAUUCGAUAAACGGUAGCGUUCGACCUUCGUGUUGAAGCAUUUUUUACGAACCAAUGGACGAAAUAUAUCCGAAUUAGCGGAAUAUGUAUACACGUUCGCGUUGAAACAUUGACCGGUAAUCGUAGCGAUGCGCUAGUCGCAAAAAUGUAAUUCGCGAAAAGUCGAUCGAUACACUACCGAGUAGAAAGUACGACUUUCAAUGAUAUUCCUAAAAGAAUUUGGAAAUAUUUUCUGUUCGCGGUGUAACAAAUGCGAUGUCGUAGGUAUACGACUGCUGCAUCCUAUACAGCUAUGUAUAUGCGUGCGUUACAGUGUAUGAUAUGUUACAUCAAAGCAAUAGCGCAUACACGCGUGUGCACAUGAUUAAUUGCAAAGUGUAUGUGUUUAAUGCGAAUCUAGUCAAUUCGAUUCGUUGAAUCGUGGCGGUUUAUCGCAAUCGACCGAGUAAUUUUACACGCGGAUUAAGUCGGGAAAGAAAACUGACCGAUCGAUAGAGGUACUGAAUUUCGCGCGAUUUCCCUUCCGCUCGUACGGACAGAGAAGAGACUCGACUGAAUCGCGAUCGACGUUAACCGAUCACAGGCGAAUAUUUCACCACGUUGAUUGUAUUCUCGCGUAAUAGCCUACUUUCAACGUGUUAUUUUUUAUCGCCUGUAUUCCAACAUGAAAUAGUGGAAUCUUCUUUUUGGUCAUCAAAUGACACAAAGAGAUGCAUUCGUCGUAAUUUUUCCCUCUAACUCUUCAUUAUAAUUUCGCAGAUACUUUUUAAUUUAAUCGGCAUACACGAAACAGAAAUGAAAACGUAAACGGUCGAAAGAUCUCGCGGUCUCUUUGUCUGUACGCGUUGGUCGAACGAAUCGCGGAAAGUUUGAGCAGUAAAAAAAUUAAAAAAAAAAAAAAAAAAAAUUAAAAAACGGGAGAGAUGGGUCGCGAAAGAAAAUCUCUCGAUAGUCGAUUGGGUAGGCAUCCUCGCUUUCGUACCUCGCACUCGCUACAGCCAUAGCCAUAAUCGUUCUCGUUGCAAUUUGUUUAUCGGUUAAUGCAUAUCGGUUAAUCGUUGACUAUCGACGUCGCUGUGAAAUGUCAUAGGUUACCGUGAUUUUUAUAGUUAUCGCGUUAUGUUGUCUCUCGUUAAUUGUAUAUUUCAUCGCUGCGUUUCGAGUAAUCGAGGAUUACAGUGUUUUUAUCGAUACACGAUCACAAACAGUCGAUGUAGAUGUAUGCCAUAACCGACAUCCUCUUUUGUCGCUAAUCAAUGCUGUAAAAUUGCGCAUCUGGCAUGAUUAUAUGCAAAGAAAUAAAUAUACGCACGCGUACGUGUACACGAUCGUACAUAAACAAGCGGAAAAGAAAGAAGAAAAAAGGAAGAAAAUGAAAAAGAAAAAUAAGAAAGAGGAUGAAAGAGAUAUACGUAUACGCGUGUACGCGUUCACGUGCCUAUACUUAUAGAAUACACAUACAAAGUAUAAAUAUUAUAUAUUGACUAUCUACGAUAAGCGAGAAACAUUUAUCGAGUAAUCACAUAGGAUGUGUUGAAACAUUUAAAAUGAUGCACAGGGUAUAGAUGAGAAAAUCGUUGAUAUAAUAACUGAUGUCUAUAUAAUGAAUGUUUCUUUUGUUCUAUCGGCCUCAAGGACACAAAGCGCGUACGAUCGACAAUUAAUCUAUGGUAGAUGUUUUUCAGAAUCCAUUCCGAUUCAAAGGGGACGGUUUUAGUAUAAGUGUCGUCGGUGUUAAUCGUUCGUCGAUAAUGAAACGAAACGAAAAAAAAAUGAAGGGAAGAAAAAGAUGGAAGCAGGGAAACGGAAAUGAACGUAUACCGUGCCGAACGGAACGAACCAUCGCUACGAAUUAAUCGAUACCUUUCGAUUAAUCGAAUCAAUCGAUUGUAAAUUGAUCGCUAAGAAUUAAGUAUUAAGUAUAAAUAUAUUAUACAGAUUUAA